AUGCCCGUUGCUACCGACGCUGACACCCGCCUUCCUGUCACUCUCCUCAGCGGCUUCUUGGGGAGCGGCAAAACUACUUUGCUCUCCUACAUCCUCAAAUCAAAGGACCACGGUCUGCGAUGCGCCGUUGUCGUCAACGACAUGGGUUCGUUGAACAUCGAUGCGGCCCUGAUCAGCAACCACAACCUCACUCAGAAGGAAGAAAAGGUUGUACAGAUGCAGAACGGCUGUAUCUGCUGUACCCUCCGAGCCGAUCUGUUGGAAGAAAUUGCGACACUCGCGGACGCCGGCCACUACGACUACCUCAUCAUCGAAAGCUCUGGUAUCUCGGAACCCAUCCAAGUGGCCGAAACCUUCACCUCCGAGUUUGCCAACACCAUGGGCGGCGGUACACUCGACGAGAUCAUCCAGUCUCUCCCCGAAGACGCUUCUGCCACCCCAGAGUCACGCAAGAAGCUUGCUGAGCUCAUACACCAGGGCGGGCUGAGCAAGGUGGCGCGACUGGACUGCUGUGUCAGUAUGGUGGACUGUACGACGUUUCUGGACGACUUUGAUACGACCGACUUUUUGACGGACCGACAUGGGAAGGAGGUUGAUCCGGAGGACGAGAAGAAUAUCACAGAUUUGUUGACCGACCAGAUCGAGUUUGCCAACGUCAUCCUCCUCAACAAGACUGAUAUCAUCCACAAAUCCCAAGUCGCGCAAAUCGAACAGAUCGUCAAGACUCUCAACCCCGGCGCCAAAAUCAUUCCUACCUCCUACUCCAAAGUCGACUUGCAUGAAAUCCUCAACACCCGCCUGUUUGACUUUGGCAAAGCAGCAAUGGGCGCUGGGUGGCUGCAGUCUUUGAGAGAGAAUACCCUUAUGGAGAUUACCGACCAGCAGGGGAAUACCAAGAUGGUGCCAAAGCCCGAGACUCUGGAGUACGGCAUCGGCUCCUUCGUCUACACUGCCCGCCGGCCGUUCCACCCACACCGUCUCUGGGACCUCGUCUCUGAACCCUUUUGCGUCCUCCAGACCACUGUCGAAGAUGAUGACUCGGACGACUCUGAUGACGAUGACGAGUCUACGCCCGAAGAGCUUUCCGAAGAAGAAGCGAAACAAGCCAAUUUCGACGCCAUGCAGAAAGAAAAGGCCGAGCUGGACUUGCCGGGCAGAGCCAGGGCAAAGAGGGCUUCUCCGGUGUGGAAGGGAUUGCUGAGGAGUAAAGGAUUUGUCUGGUUGGCAACGAGGCCCGGCGUACAUGGAGAGUGGUCGCAGGCCGGCAUUAUGUUUACGCUCAACGGUGGUGGACCUUGGAUGUGCCGUGUGCCAGAGAGCGAGUGGCCUGGAAGUGACGACCAGGAAGUGAUUGAUGCUAUCAAGCUGGACUUUAUGGGACCCUGGGGCGAUCGCCGUCAAGAACUGGUAUUCAUCGGUCAAAACUUGGACCAGGAGAUCAUAAGCAAGACUCUGGAUGAGGCUCUACUCGACGACAAAGAGUGGGCCAAGUGGGAAAAGAUUAUGAAGUCGCGAUGCUCAGACGACAAGAAGACUGGGCGACUGGUCGACGAGUUUGAUGAUGGUUGGGAGGCCUGGCUGGACCCUGGAAUGAUGGAAGAAGACACCCACGACGCGCACGCGGGCCACCAUCACGACCACCCCCCGCUGGCCAAGAAGGCGAAGCUCUCUGGCUAG